AUGUUCAGUGACGUGAGUGGGAACAAUAAAAAUGAGCCUACUCAACGAGUAACUGUUUAUGGAUCACAGAGACUCAAUGUUAGCACAAACAAAAGGGUAUAUGAUAUAACUAAUGAUUACACAGAUAGUAAAGUAAAUUGGAAGUCAUCAGUUUAUGCACUAUUGUGUGGAUCUUUAAUGGUCGUUAGAUUCGUGAUCUAA